AAUGCCUUUGGCUCGCGAUUUUCUUCAUCCAACUCCAGCUGAGGAGAAGAGAAAACAUAAGCUGAAGAGGCUCGUUCAGAAACCUAACAGCUAUUUCAUGGAUGUCAAAUGUCCUGGCUGCUACGCCAUCAAGACAAUUUUCUCCCAUGCACAACAUGCUGUUGAAUGCGAUGGUUGCCGUACGAUACUCUGCACAUCAACUGGUGGCAAGGCGCGUCUUACCGAGGGAUGUUCUUUCAGGAGGAAGGUUCAAUGCUAAUAUUAUGUGACAUACCCAACAUCUCGCUUUUCAUUCAGUAAAUAAACACUGUGAAAACGUAA